GCUGCGAGCGCGGGGCGGGGCGGGGGCGCGGCCCCUUUAAGAGCGGCGCCGCCAUGAUCUGCCUGGUGCUGGGGCUCUUCGCCAGCCUCUUCCAGACCGCCUGCGGCGGGGCCAACGAGCGCACCUUCGUGGCCGUCAAACCGGACGGGGUCCAGCGGCGCCUGGUCGGGGAGAUCAUCCGGCGGUUCGAGAGGAAGGGGCUGCAGCUGGUGGGGCUGAAGCUGCUGCAGGCCUCGGAGGAGCUGCUGAAGGAGCACUACAUCGCCCUUCGUGACCGUCCCUUCUACAGCCGGCUGGUGAAGUACAUGAGCUCUGGGCCUGUGGUGGCCAUGGUCUGGCAGGGCUUGGAUGUGGUCAGGACAGUUCGCACAAUGAUCGGGGAGACAAACCCAGCCGAAUCCAGGCCUGGCACCAUCCGAGGAGACUUCUGCGUUGAAGUCAGCAAGAAUGUGAUCCAUGGCAGCGACUCAGUUGAGAGUGCUCGACAGGAGAUCUCCCUCUGGUUCCGCCCGGAGGAGCUGAUGUGCUGGGAGGACACGGCCGAGCACUGGAUCUACGCGUGACAAGAGCCGCCCGAGGGAAGGGCAUCUUCCUGGGCACAGGGCAUUUCCAUCCAUUUCAUCGCAGCCACUUGGGCUGGUUGUGGAUCCUGCUGCGGUGUUGGGUGCUGUGGGGGUUUCUGUUCUGCGUGUCAGUGGGGGGGGUGGGGUGUCCUAGGAGCUGCUCUUUGUGUGCAACAGCAGUUCAGAUCCCUGCAAGAGUAGCUGUUUCUUUUUUUCUCUCUGCUAUAGUGAGUAGUUGGUAUUGUUGCUCUGUUUGCUGCAGCCUCUUAAAUCCCAAGUACCUCAAGGUGAUUUUUUCUUGAAGUGAAAACUGGGCUCUGUGCCUGUUCCUGUGUGCUCUGACCUGUCUGGCACCGGAGAACAUGUGCUCCUUGCUGCUGGGAGAGGUGCUCUGGUUGCUACAAGGUGAUGCUAUCGAUAUAAUUCACCUGCAUUUCUAUAAGGUUUUUCACCAAAGGCUGUGUGGAAUAAUUACUAAAAUGGCCACAAUACAGCAUUGUUCACACAUUAAGGAAAGGUAUAAAAUCAAAAGGUGUCUAGUGUAAAAUACAGCUGCAGCUGGUAUGCGAGGAAUCCACCACGUCAUCUGUGAUUCCCGGGACAAUAUUGCUUGCAAAGCAACACGGGGAGCGAAGCGGGCUGGAGAGCUCACGGUCUCCCCCUGUGGUGGUAGAGCAGGUACGGGAACGAGGUGGUACCACAGACCUGAUAAGCUGCACACUGACCACCCCUGAGCCAACCUCCUGUUGGAUUUUGAUAAAAUGCUGUCCUUUGUGCGAACUUUGCUCAUUACAAUGUCAUUAUAAUACCAAAACACACCUCCAGCCCAAAGGCUACCUGCCUCCAAGGUGCGACCGCUCCUCUUUGAGUCUGCGCCCUGAGUUUUCAUAAUUUAUAACUUUAAAUGUGAGGCGAGAGAAUUUUACACCCAUCAUAAUAAAGGUAUUUAUGACUAGA